CUUCCAAUAUAGGUUAUUUUUUAAGUUUUCAAAGUUCACAUUUUUUUAAAAAUUAAAUACAAUAAUCAAUAAAUGACAUUUUGGAGCCAAAAUAAGAAAUUAUUAAAACUAUGUGGCACCACAACACUAGGAAUUAGUGUUUUGUGGCUUGUAAAACAAAUUAAGAAUACUUACGACACUUUAAAUAACGUAUUGGACACAUCUGUAGUCAAUUUUUUGGAGCCUGCAAAGUAUCCCGACUUCGAGGAACAAUAUGACGAUUUAGAAAACAUGGAUUUCAUCAACAUGCCCAGCAUAAAUUUUGAACCAAAACAAAACAUGUGGAAAACGUUGAAAUUUAUUUACGCCCGACAGAUUUUAAAAUGGGCAAACAGUGAUAAAGCAUUUGUACGAGAGAAUGCGGUUGGCCGGCUUAUCAAUGUUACAAAUUUAGAUAAUUGGCAUUACUCGUAUUUGGGUCAGCAGCUGAAUGCUAAAACCGCAGUGACAUUAGCUCGCAUGAAAAAUAUUGAUUAUCGUCUUUUUCCAAAACCUCCGUCGAGAUACUUAACUUACAGCUACGAAAUGCUCGUCAAAUGUAUGAAGGAUUUACUUACCUCACUAAAUGAUGAAGCUCCACACUCUUGUGUUGAAUAUUUCAUCAACAGAGCAUUGGAAGAGGAUCCAGCUCAGCAUUUUAUAGAACACAAAUCAAUGUCGGAACUACGAAACCGUAUAAAAUCAGCUUCAGAUAUAUUACCACUUUGCCUCGAGUCCCUAUUGCAUCAUUGUUCUUUGGGAAACAAUGGCCAUGAUAUUAUUCGUCUGGAUGGUUUACCAUUAUUAAUGGAGAUCUAUAAUCGAUUUCAGAAUGAUUUGGAUACUAAAGUUAAACUUUGCAAUGUAUUAGCCUUUGUAUCUGUUUAUCCCAAUGUCGUAGAGGAUUUUUAUAAAACAGGAUGGAUUACUGUGUUGUCAAAAUGGCUCAAUGACAAUGAUAUUCGCUUGUCUAGUACUGCCGCCAAGAUUUUAUCGAAUCUAGAUGAUAACAGGGCAAUGUAUCAAAAUUCGUUGCACAUCUUACACCCAUUAUAUCACUGUGACCAGAAAGCAUUAGUUGAUGUAAUAUUCGUACAUGGAUUGUUGGGAGGAGUAUUUUUCACGUGGCGACAAAGGAGAGCUAACGUGUUUAGUGGAUUGUUUAGUACCUCAAUAUUUAGAAGAACUGUAACGGAUGUACAGUCAAAACUGCUUCGAACAAGUGAUCCUUUAGUAAGAGAGUAUAUUCAAGAUGCAGAAGUUAAAGAUCAAUAUGAAUGGGACCAGGUUGGACAAGAUUUUGAGUUUGUGUUGAAUGACAUACCAACAGCCACUAAUGUUGAGGCAGAAGGUCCAUACACUUGCUGUGGAAAUAACGACUGUAUCGCUCAAGCAGCUGAAGAUUGCUGUACACAUACAUCAUGUUGGCCUAGAGAUUGGUUACCGAACGAUUGCAGUGAUCUACGAAUAUUAGGCAUUAAUUAUGAUACCAGCUUAUCAUUAUGGGCAAAAAUUUGUCCCAACGAACAAAAAAAAUGCACCAUUGACGAAAGAAGCGACGAAUUUCUAACUAGCCUUUUGCAAGCUGGGGUGGGCGAUAGACCAAUAAUAUGGAUCACACAUUCAAUGGGAGGGCUUAUUGUUAAAAAUCUACUAUGGAAAGCAUGGGAAAGCAACUCCAAGCGUGCCAGGAAGUUAUGUUUAAAUUCAAAAGGUAUAGUGUUUUAUAGUACUCCUCACAUUGGAUCGCGUAUAGCUAAUUUGAAUGCAACUGCUUCAUUGUUACUGUGGCCAUCAGUUGAAAUACAGGAAUUGCGUGAAGAUUCACAAGGAUUGUAUAAAAUACAGGAAAAUUUCUUACAAUUUAUAAAACAGGUUCCAUUGAAAGUGCUUAGUUUUGUUGAAACAAAGUCUACCUUGGUAACCGCGAUUAAAUUUAAUGUUUUAUUUGUUGAUUCACAUUCUGGAAAUCCGUCAAUAGGAGAAUAUUUUGAAGUUCCUCAGGAUCAUUUAGGAAUAUGCAAACCUGCAAACAGGAUGUCAUUUUUAUAUCAAAAAGUAUUACACUUUAUUCAAGAAAUCGUAGAAGAAACAAAAGUAAAAGAUCAAAUUAACAUAGGAUUAGAGCAAUAACUUUUAUAUUCCUGAUGUACCUGGUCAUUGUAGCAGCUAAAUAUUUAAUAUAGCAUUGUGUUAUGUUUCAA